CAACUCGGCGGACACACGAGUCCCGUAUGACUCGUCAACACAACUAUCGUAUCAUUAGCAGACAAUAAUGUGAUAAAAUCGAAAACAUUACCCGGAACCGACGUAAUUCACUCAUUUGACGGACAAAUAUUUGUAGUAAUUUUCAAAUCAUCGUAUUUAUUAACGACUCUUACACGAGACCGGUUUGAUAACAGUGUCAAUAUUUAAGCAUUAAAUCACCUGCUGACUGCGAUUAUUCGAACAUCGUUAUUAUCUUCACCCUCUCGAGUGUAGAGUCGGGCAUUGUCAGUGGUCUGUGAAAGUCGGAGGCGAGUGGUGGUGUUUGUGCUAGGAUGCCAGUGUUGGGGUACGAGAUGACGUCACAGGAGUGUUCAAUGGGGUAUGGGAUGCUGGACUACGUACCCCCUUGUCCGACGGAAUGGGAGAAGUCGCCGUACCACAUGCACGCGAAUAGAAGCCCAUUGGAGGACAGGCGCUCAAACAUGAUUUAUACUGAAGACAGUGAUAUGCAACUAGAGACGAGCAGCAGUGAGGCAAGCGCUGUCAGUUCAAUACCGUUGUCGCAACACUGCGCCAUCUGCGGGGACCGCGCUACCGGCAAGCACUACGGGGCCUCUUCCUGUGACGGAUGCAAGGGAUUCUUCAGACGGAGCGUUAGAAAAAACCAUCUCUAUACUUGCAGAUUCAACAGAAAUUGUAUAGUGGAUAAAGAUAAAAGGAAUCAGUGCCGAUAUUGUAGGUUAAGGAAAUGUUUCAAAGCUGGUAUGAAGAAAGAAGCGGUACAGAACGAGCGGGACCGCAUCAACUGCCGCCGGCCAUCAUACGAGGAGCCUACACAAGCCAACGGCCUCUCGGUCGUGUCAUUGCUCAACGCCGAGCUGCUCAGCAGAAAGGUCAUAGACGAGACUAACAACGUAUCAGACGCGGAUAUCAACAACCGCAAGUUGGCGAAAAUCAACGACGUGUGUGACUCGAUCAAACAGCAGCUUCUCAUCCUCGUCGAGUGGGCCAAGUACAUCCCCGCCUUCACUGAGCUACAACUUGAUGACCAGGUGGCAUUACUGCGGGCGCACGCGGGUGAACACCUACUGCUAGGAUGCGCGCGCCGCUCACUUCACUUGAAAGAAGUUCUCUUAUUGGGAAACAACUGCAUCAUCACUAAGCAUCAUGUUGACGGGCGCAUGGACAUAGACAUCAGCAUGAUUGGAAUGCGCGUGAUGGAUGAGAUCGUGAAGCCGUUGUGCGAAAUCGACAUCGACGACACCGAGUUCGCCUGCCUCAAAGCGAUCGUCUUCUUUGACCCUAAUGCCAAAGGCUUAUCCCAACCACAAAAAAUCAAGCAGCUCCGUUACCAGAUCCAAAUAAAUCUAGAAGACUACAUAAGCGACCGACAGUACGACGGCCGCGGCCGGUUCGGUGAGCUGUUGCUCUGCCUGCCGCCAUUGCAGAGCAUCACGUGGCAAAUGAUUGAACAGAUACAAUUCGCCAAGCUGUUUGGUGUGGCUCAUAUUGAUAGUUUGUUGCAGGAAAUGCUUUUAGGAGGAGCAUCAACAGAGUCAGCAAUAGAAGGACAGCCACAGGACCUAGCGGUCGACUCGUCAUCACCAAUGUCAGCCGCGUCAUCACCGCCGCUGGUGCCGCAAUUGCCACUGCCCGACACAGGGUUCCUCGAACCCAUACCCUUCAAACAAGAGCCUAACAUGAGCCCAGAACAUCCUUCGCAAAUGUCGAAGAUGACGCAUAUAACGCCUUUAUGAAGCAACUAUUUUAAGUUAUAAUCGUAUAUUUUAUAUUUAUCAUAACAUCACUAUAAUGCGAUUUUGUUAAUAAAAAAAUUGCCUGGAACCUCUAACACCUGAAAAUGUUUCAGUCUUCAAAUUUUAUAAGAACUUGUUAUAGUAUAAUAAAUAUGUAUUUUUGUUUUUUAUUAUAUUUCUAUCAAUAUGUCUAAUGGUUCUCUCAAUUCUAAGGCACAACAUCUAUGAAGAUAUAGGUUUAUUUUGGAGAAAUUUGAAAGAUUUUCAGAUAUAUUUAUAGCAUAUAUAUACUUAGUUGUUGUUCUGUUUAAAAAUAAUAUUCGAAUUUCGUUAGUGACAACAGAAAUUAUUUCUUCUGCUGCUAAUCUGUAGGUAUAUAGUAUAAGUACCUACCUAAUUUUUCAGACACGUUAUUAUUACCAAAA